CAAAACCAAAAAGACAAAGGUGCGCAAGGUAGAGUGAAGAAGUGCUAUUCUCUCUCUCUCUCUCUGUGUGGCUGUCUCUGACUGUUUUUUCUCUCUAAACCUUCUUCAUUGUGCAUGAGUCUCUGAGUCUCACUUUUUGCACCAAAUCAAAGACCCCACAAAAUUCUACAUACACUUCAAAAUUCCUCCAUACCAAUUGAACAAUGCCAGCUUCCCCUUCCUUCCCUUCAGAUGGUCGCGGCAAAUGGAGGAAGAGAAAGAGAGAGCCCCUAAUCAGUAGCAGAAGACAACAGAAGCACGAAGACGACGACGACGGUGAUGAAGAAGACGCAGAGGACGACCUUGUCGAACAGCGCGAGGACGAUUCGGAGGGACCCAAUCAAAACCAAAACCAAAACCUCCAAUCGGGAACAGCAAACGAUCCAGCAGGUGCUAUGGAGACCGAGGUCUUGGAUGGUGGGGUCCGCUAUUGCGACUUCCCGCCCGUUCUCAGACACGCGGUGAGUCGUCCCCACCAGUCUGUGUUGGCCAUUGUUGCAUUGGAGCGAGCCAAUCACUGUGGUGGGGAUACCAAGCCUCAGGGUCAGGGUCAGGGUCAGGGAAUCCCGUUGUUUCUGGAGAAUUUGUCGUACGGGCAGCUUCAGGCUUUGUCCGCUGUGCCCGCUGAUAGCCUCGCAUUGGAUCAGGACCGAUCGGACGGUGGGAAUUCCGCUUAUGUGCUGACCCCACCGCCGAUUAUGGAAGGCCGUGGUGUUGUUAAGCGCUUUGGGAGCAGAGUUCAUGUUGUCCCAGUGCAUUCAGAUUGGUUUUCACCGGCUACAGUUCAUCGACUAGAGAGACAAGUGGUGCCACAUUUUUUCUCAGGAAAAUCACCUGACCAUACUCCUGAGAAAUACAUGGAAUGCAGGAACUAUGUUGUUGCCAAAUACAUGGAAAAUCCAGAGAAGCGGCUUACAGCUUCUGAUUUCCUGGGGUUGGCAUUGGGCGUUGAUGUUGAAGAUUUAACUCGAAUUGUUCGGUUUCUUGAUCACUGGGGAAUUAUCAAUUACUGUGCUGUGGUACCAUGUCGCGAGCCUUGGAAUAGCAGUUCCUACUUAAGGGAGGAUCCGAAUGGUGAUAUUCAUGUGCCGUCGGCUGCUAUCAAGUCAAUUGAUAGCUUAAUCAAGUUUGACAAGCCCAAAUGUAAGCUUAAGGCAGCUGAUGUUUAUUCCUCACUGCCAUUUCAUGAUGAAAAUGCCUCUGAUUUGGACAACAGAAUCCGUGAGCGUCUAUCUGAAAAUCAUUGCAAUUACUGUUCACGGUCUCUUCACAAUGUGUAUUAUCAGUCACAAAAGGAGGUUGAUAUAUUGCUGUGCUCUGAUUGCUUCCAUGAGGGAAGAUUUAUAAUUGGUCAUUCAAGCAUAGAUUUUAUGCGUUUGGAUUCAACAAAAGAUUAUGCUGACACAGAUGGGGAAAGUUGGACUGACCAAGAAACCUUAUUGUUGCUUGAAGCAAUGGAAUUAUACAAUGAAAAUUGGAAUGAAAUUGCAGAGCAUGUGGGUACCAAGUCAAAAGCACAAUGCAUUCUUCAUUUUCUUCGUCUACCUGUGGAAGAUGGUCUUUUGGAAAAUAUUGAAAUUCCAAGUGUCUCAAUGUCUUCCAACUUGUCAAAUGGAGAUGCUCAUGGAAGAAAGCAUUCAAAUCUAAACGGGGAUAUAGCAGGAUCCUGCCAAGAAGAUGCUGAAUUUGAAAGCUGCUUCCCAUUUGCAAAUUCUGGGAAUCCAGUCAUGGCCAUGGUUGCUUUUCUGGCCUCAGCUGUUGGGCCAAGAGUUGCUGCAGCCUGUGCCCAUGCAUCCUUGGCCGCAUUAUCUGAGGACAAUAGUGCAUCUACUACUGGAAGCAUCAUCCAGACAGAAGGAUCGGGACAUAAUAAUAGGAUGAAUUCAGAGAGUAUGCAUGGUAGAGAUGCUGGUCCUCAUGGAGAUCUUGCAAAUUCCAUUCAGCAUAAAGAAGACAACUCAGCAGCACAUGGUUCCAGGAAUCAAAAUGAUGCAGGGGCUGCUCCAUUAUCAUCCGAAAAAGUUAAAGCCGCUGCUAAAGUUGGCCUUGCUGCUGCAGCAACAAAAGCAAAACUAUUUGCUGAUCAUGAAGAACGUGAAAUUCAGAGACUAUCUGCUAAUAUUAUAAACCAUCAGUUGAAAAGAUUGGAGCUGAAGUUGAAGCAAUUUGCAGAAGUGGAAACAUUUCUAAUGAAAGAAUGUGAACAAGUGGAAAGGACAAGGCAGAGGAUUAUAGCUGAGCGUGGCCGUAUUUUAUCUACACGGGUUGGAUCUUCUGGAGGCACUUCAACUGUGAACCUACCAGGUGUUGGUCCUUCCAUGGUGAACAACAACACAGGUAAUAGUAGGCAACAAAUUAUGUCAGCUUCACCUUCACAGCCAAGCAUAUCAGGUUACAGCAACAAUCAAACCAUACAACCCCAAGUGUCACCAUUCAUGCCACGGCAAUCAAUGUUUGGAUUGGGGCCAAGGCUGCCUCUAGCAGCAAUACAAUCUUCCUCAUCUAAUCCGACAAAUGUAAUGUUCAAUGCCUCGGGAAAUACACAGCCUACUCACAAUCACCCGAUGUUAAGGCCCGUACAUGGCACUAGCUCAGGUUUAGGUUGAAGAAAAUUUGACGUAAUGUUGUUGUUUUUGUGGUCGUUGCGUUAUGCAGUGAAACCAGAAGGAAGAAAUAUAACAAAGGAUCCAUUGUUCAUGACUCAUUAUUUUACUAGUUUUGGUAAAAUAAAAGUUAACUGGGCAGUUUGUAGGUCU